UCCGUCUUUUUCGAUGUUCCGCUGGCCAAUUUUUCGAGGUACGACGAUUUCAAGCACAUCAUCAGAUUCGUGAAGUUGCCCAGACUCGACUGAUACGAAGUUUCGAGGUGGGAACCAAUUUUUGACAAUUUUAUUGGACUUUCUCUGUUCAUCCCACUACGUGCGGAGCUAACCCUAGCGAGGAGCAGGGCCCAUUAGGCCUUGCGGGCCUACGUGCCAGAGGGACAUGGCAGACUCCCGUAUGGAAGACGAAGAGGACAACAACGAGGAAGAUUUCGGUUGGCAAGUGGCUACCGGACGACGAUCCCGUGCCGGAAAGAAGAGCAGCAACGCGGCGAACGCGACGCCAAGUACCUCACAAGCGUCCGGCGGCAGCAAGGGACCCGCCACCAACACCGGUUCGAUCAAGUACCGUAUAGUAAAGGCCUCAAGGAUGCCCCAACUGCCCGAGGAGCAUCGGAAAAUUAUAAUCAGGCCACGAGGAGGACUAAAUUUGAGCAAAGUAAGUACCACCGCUAUUGGAACUGCAGUGAUCGAGGCUUCAGGCCUAACGGCAGAGCAAGCAAGUGAAGACAUGGUGUGCCCCAACUUCACGCAAAAUAUCGUGGUGGUGAGCACGCCUGAACCAGACCAUGCGGCAAGGUACGUGAGAAUGAAGUCCUUCAAAAUCGUGGACACGGAGUACGAGGUCAAUGCGUACGAGACGGCCCCGCACGCCACGUGCAAAGGGGUGAUUAGACAAGUCGACAUCAGGGACUCCCAGUCUACUAUCACAAGAAAUAUCGUGCAUGAGCGCAACCCGCUCGCUUUGGCCGCCAAGCGCAUCAAGACGUCAGGCUCAGUCAUCGUCCUCUUCGAUGGACUGAAAGUGCCAAACUUUGUGCGCUACGGGCCGACCUUGUUGAGAUGUUAUCUCUACAGGAAACAAUUUGAUGUGUGCUUCACUUGUGGUAGGGUAGGACACCGCUCGGACGUGUGCCCCACGCCGGACUCUGUUCAGUGUAGAGGGUGUGGAGCCCCCAACCCACGAUCGGACCACGUUUGCACGCCCAAGUGCAAGUUCUGUGGAGGAGACCAUCCCACCGGAGACAAGGUGUGCAAGCAGAGGUUUCAAACACCCUAUGUGGUACGAGCUCGCCGAAGGGAACGCGCCCAGUCACGAUCGGCCACGAGGGAGAGAAGCCGCUCCAAGUCGGGAGGAUCGCAGGUGCAAAGGGAACGCGCCCGGUCGCGAUCGGCCGCGAGGGGGAGAAGCCGCUCCAAGUCUGGAGGAGCCCAGGCGCUCUUCGAAGAUGGAACACCCGGUGCCAAGCCGACAGUUGGGACCGCCUGGGCGGAUAAAGUCAAAGGCGCAGGAGACAUCUGGUUCAGCUGGCACGGAAGCGCAAGUAUUGAUUACUUCUUCGUUGACAACGAGUAUGGCCGACGCCAUUGGUGCACGUUUUGCCCUCCAGGCAGUCUGUCAGCGGCAGCACGGCUAAUGAUCUCGGAGGCGCUGAAUAAAUGACGGCCGACGGGGAAAGGUUCCGAUGAUCCAUUGAAUUCUUCCCGAGGGCGCAACCGCACGAGGAUCGAAAAUGCAACAAAGCGUGAUGGCUUGGCACGUUUGCGACUAAAUCGGGAGAAAACAGA